AUGACAGAAAUCCUAAGCUACACUGCUUGCAGACAAUUGUCUCAAAUGUUCAUUGCAGUUAUCUUCUUUCAUGUUUCAGAAUAUUUUCUAGCCGCCUUCAUUCAUGGAAAGUCAAGUGUAACUUUGAAGUCCCUUUUGAUUAGCAAACACUAUCUUUUAGCAAUGGUAUUUUCAUUGCUGGAAUAUUUAAUUGAGGUUACUUUCUUUCCCGAGCUAAAGGAAUAUUGGGUUAUCAGUGAUUUAGGCCUAGUACUGGUUGUUGUAGGGGAAAUUAUAAGGAAAACGGCAAUAAUAACAGCAGGGCAAUCUUUUACUCAUAUGAUAAGGGUUCGUCCUGAUGAACGUCACCAAUUGGUUACACAUGUUGGGUCCGGGGUGCCAUUUGUAAAUUGA